CAAAUAUCUCCACGAUAAAUUAUCCUAGGUACAAAAAUAUUUUUCCUCGUUAUGAAAUAUGAAUAUGAGUGAUUCAGUUACAUCAGUGCAUUAACAAAAAAGGAAAUGGAAAACUGGAAUGAAGUGUUCACUCUCCAGGAAGAUGAAUAUCUCAAGGUUAAUGUGUCGGUGUAUAAAUGCUCUGUAUAUGAGGGAUCAUCAAAAUACAAUGAAGCCGCACAGAGUUUGCAUCAACAUGAUGAGGACCAUGCCACAUGGACACAUACCUCAACCGUUAAACCACCACUCCUGAAGAAUGUUCUGGGAGAAAGUUUAUUCUCUAGUAUUCAGGGACUGUUUGUUCAAAGUAAAAAUGAAAUUGCUGACUCUUCAACUGAUUUAGAGGCAGAGAAUCCAUGCCACGUGAUAAGAAGUGUUGAAUUUCCAGUCUCGAUUGUAAACUUAAGUCUUUGGCUCCUAGUUGUAUUAGUGGCCAUCAUAUCACUUGCUAGUAUCAUUGUUAUAGUAAGAAAAUGUAUUGGGAUGGUAUGGUACAGACUGAAUUUAAGGUUUCAGACUAAGACACAGAAAAAGGAAAAAGAAACUGUCAAGAGAAAUGAUGAAUCUGGUUGCGAGGUUGAAAAUUCUGCUGAUGAAAAGAUUGUUGUGGGAGAAGAGAAGAAGAAACCAGAAAGUAACGGUAUUCAUCUAAGUUAUCAGUGCCUUGUUUUCAAAGAUGCAGGUGUUGGUAGUUCAAAUGUGAUAACGUUCCUAGAACAAACUUCAGACAAAUUGUUUAAAAAACUUGAUAAGCAUCUGCUUAGAGGGUUAGCAGAGGGACAGAGUCUUCCUCAGACCUGUCCAGCUACACCAAGGCUGGCACGACGAAAUUUGACUCGGCGACAAAGAAUUGGCAGUUCACCAAUGCUUCAGUCUCUCACAGAUACGGGGAUGGAUAGUUCAGAAAAUAAAGAAACUGAAGAACAAGAACAUGCUUGGGAGGGUUUUAAGAGCUUUUCUGAGAGUUUACAGUGGAAAUUUCCCUUUGUGACUUUAACUGAAUCAUCUAACUUGAGCAGAUCCUCACAGAAAUUGCUACAUUACUAUCAAAGAGUUUGUCCAGUCCAAAACAACAUGUGGAAAACGUCGUGUUUAGUGACCAACUAUGUGCUGUACUUGAUUUCACAAGAAUUAUCUGCCAUUGAAAGCAAAGCAGGUUACAGGUUUAUUCAGUUCAUGGGUACAGGAUCAUGUAGAGAUGGUACAAAGGUUGCAAGACCUAAUCAUAUUGAUGUGUUAAUGGUUGUACAGCCACCUCUUGUACCCGAUUUAGUCUACGGAAGUUCAGAGAGUGGUAUACCUCCGGGAAUGGUUGCCGUCAGUGUUAACGCUGCUAAACAUUCGGCUUAUGAUAAAAAGAUUAUCUCAAAUCUUGAAAUUGAUGGAUCUUACAAGUCAUGUCUGUCUGCAAAAGACCUUGCUCUAGCCUCUGAGUCAUUGAUUGAAGAAUGUUUGCAUUCAUUAUACACAAAAUCAAGGUCGGCUAUGGAUAGAUUGCCAUUUCAAGUUAAAGGUGCACCAACAGCGACGUUGACUUUGAACAUAAAUACUAGAGCCCUUGUAGGUUUUGGCGAUCCCGAAAUCAAAGUGCGCAUCAUUCCUGUGCUCCCAUUGCCGAUGAACGGCUGGUACCAGAUGCCAAUGUUAUAUGCAACACCACCGGAUGCAGAUUACGAGUAUAAACAAAGAUCUGACUUGAGAGGAGCUGUUAAUCCUCAGUUACUCUGGCAAAUCAGGACAGGCGACUUCGAUACUGUGUUUAAUCUUGGAGUCGAUUCCAUGAUGAAACACGCUAGAGUGAAUUCAUGCCAUGUUGUCUGCUUAAUGAUUCUGAAAUCCUUGCUUACAGGAUGCAGUAAAAGCAAUCUCCUUGAUCGUGGCAUCUUUCCUUCAAACCAUAUUUCAACUGUCAUAAAUUUCCUUCUGUUGGAAAGUGCACCAUGUCAGUGGACUUUUGACAAACUCGGAGACAGAUUUUCAGAUGCCAUACAUUUCCUGAAAUCGGCCUAUAGCUGUAAUCGGCUGCCGCAUUUCUUUGUGAACAAUCCACAUCUGAUCAGCAAAAUGCCGGCUGUUGCAGAAAAUAAAGUUCUGACCCAGACAAGACAGAGAAAUUUGUUGGCAGAUGUCAAGUCAGAAAGUGUUGAGAAACGUUUGGAAUAUUUAGAAACAUGUUUACGUGAGACGGGACUCACAGACUGUGUAAAAGAGGAGUUUUCAAAUGAUAUGUGGGAAUUUGAGUUUUUUCUUUUUAAUUGAUAUUAAUGGACAAUGUUUUUAUGCAUAGCUUUUGUAUUGGCUUUGUGUUUUAUCAGAUAUAUAGGAUGGCUUUUGACAAUGUUGCAGUGAGGAAUAGGGAUCAGGGGUUCAGUGUAACGCAUAUUACAAGCAUAACAGUUCAAAUUGUGUUCAUUGAUUUGAGUCAUAUACAUCAAUUUUUACAUGUAGAAAGGCUAGCAAGGUUUAGCGGAUCUAUAUUCAGAUAUGAUUUCAGUAUUAACAAGAUUAUUUUUGGGAAGUUUGCCCAAGUAUUUCCAUGCAAGUAUAAUGUUUUAGGCUCUGUUGGUCUUGUCAUUAAUCCAAUAGAAAUGCUUAUAAAAUAUGAAAGAUUUAUACUUUUUCGAGAUUUUCAAAUUCAAGUGCUUUCAUUGCAAAUACAUGUAACGGUUAGUAAAAAGACAAGACCAGUCUCAGUUGGUUUAUGCAGCAUUUAUACAUGCACUCGGGUAGUUAAAAAAUAAAGAGGAAAAGUUUGAGAAGUACAAGUCACUCAGUAAGAAGUUUGGUGUAAAAUACAACACAGCUUCAUCAAAGCGGUCUCUUAAAACAACAUAAUUUAUUCUUUAACGACACAUAAAAGGAACUGAAGAAAAUACCUUUUAAUGCAAGUGGUCUCUGAUUAGGCAUCAUCCCGAGCAAGUUUUACUGUGUUUGGACUUUGAUUGUACUAUACUUGUGUCAUAUUCAUGCAGUAUCAGUUUGAAUAUUCCUAAACUCAUUCUUUUUAGUAUUUUAUAGAAACCCUUAUUGAAUAGAUAUUCUGAUGGGCAUCUAGAGUUAUGCUCCUGAUACCGGUAGUUUUUUCAGUUUAUUUUAUGAACCAGUAGAGAGUUUAUUUUGUAUUAACAUUGCCUACAGCACGCAGAAUCACAUAGUUUCCCAUAUUUGUUUAUGUAUUUAUUACACAUCUAUAUACACUUAAAAUUUCCUAAAUGGUCAUUUUUAGGUCCAAAUAAUUUAAGAUCUUCCAUAUUCCUGUAAAUUGUCCACGGAUAAUUUUAAAAAUAAAAUAGCUGGUGUGUAAUAAUGCAGGUUUCCAUUAUGAUGUAAAGAAAAUCUGUUAUCAGAUUGUAAAUACAAACUGUUUUAAUUUACAACAUUACAAAUGAAUUUAACAGGUUUAUUUUGAAAUGCUAAAUUUUCAAGACUUAUAGUGACCUAUAUUUUUUGUAAAAUGAAACUUUAGAAUGAAAUUUCAGUGAUGUACUGCUAAAACUGAAUUUUAAAAUGGUUUUCUGUUAGAACUAAAUCUGUGCUAGUUACUUUGUGAAUGAGAUAAUAGGCCUAGGGUUAUUAUAAUAGUAGCUCGAUUUGGGAUGCUGUAUUUGGCUCAAGUGGAUAUUGCCAGUGCAGAGUGUGAUCCAUCCUUGCAAAAUCCAUGAGAGCGGAAUACAAAAUCCCAGAUCUAGCAACUGUUGUAAUGACCCUUUUAUUAGUCCCCUACUGGUUGAAAACCAGUUUUGGGGAUUAUAGGAAUGCUCUUUUCCGUCAUUCCGUCAUUCCGUCCGUCCGCAAUUUCGUGUCCGGUCCAUAACUCUGUCAUCCAUGAAGGGAUUUUAAUAAUACUUGGCACA